AUGUUGGGCUGGGUUCUUAGACGAGGGUUGGAGGGCGCGUCCGGGGGAAACAAGGCAAACACAGGCGCAGACGACACAACACAGAUUGAGCAACCAGAUACGCCCGCGCCCGUCUUUGCCGCCCGCGCACUCAAAAGCGCCAUCUUUGGAACACCCGCGCGACCUGACGACGACAAUACUGUCAGCAUGGCGCGUCGCAAGGACGAAGACGACUCUGAUGCCGAGUCCCGAACCCCGAUGAAACAACCUCAAGGAAUCCUUCUUACCCCAGGAACCGGAACAUCUCGGCGGAAGCGUGUGUCCUUUGGGCACGAUGUGCUGGACAAUAAGAAGAUCGAUAACAGAAAGGGCAAAGAAGUCGACAAUGACGAACCGCCUGGGAGGUUUCCAGACAGCUUUGCAGACACAACUAGCGACUCCGCAAGCAAGCGCACCAAAUUGACCGAAACAAUGGAAAACUCCCGGGGCAACAAAGGAACUUCAAGCUCGCGGGAAAGGAGCCAGACGCGGACCACUGCAGCCAGGAAUGACGACGCGGAGGACGAAUGGGAGGAAGCCGACGACGACCAAUGCAUGCACGAUAUCACAAUGGACCUUAACGAGCCCCAUUCGCGGUCGGGCAAGUACUGGAAGUCGGAAUUCGAGCAAUACCACCAGGACGCUAAAGCCGAGAUGGAGAAAUUGCUCAAAUACAAGCAGCUUGCCAAGUCGUAUGCCAAGAUGAAGGACGCCGAGGCUAUCGACCUCAACGCCAAACUCAGGGAAGAGCAAGAAAAGGCUGCUAAGAUGGAGAAGAAGAUCUCCGACAUGGCAGCGCAGAUUGCCGCGAAGCAGCGAGCCAGUGGCGCAGAGAGAGACAACCCCCAGCUGAUUAAGGACUUGGCCAAACAAACGGCCGUUGCUGUCGAAUACCGGACGCAGGUGCAGGAACUAGCGGCACUUCUAGAGAACCGCGAAAACGGCGAAGACGACGAAGGGGAUGCACGAAGCAGGCGCCGGCGGCAGGCUGCGUCACCACGAACACACAAGACCUUGCUCGAGGCCCAGCGAGAGUUGAGAAAGGCUAGAACACAAGUCAAAGAGAAUGGGCAGUUACGGGAGGAAGUUGAGCGGCUCAAAUCCGACCUCCUGUUUGCCGAGCAACGAGCAAACAAGCUCGCUGAAGAAAACAAACGACUUGCAGAGCAACAUCCGUUACAGAACAAGGAACAAGGCAAAGACUCCACGGCAUCGGGGAAGCGCGUGGAUGAGCUGGAGGAGGCGAUUCGGAAAAAAGACGAUGAGUUACGCAAGUUGAAGUCGGAGUUCGAGACUUACAGGACGGAUGCCGAGGCCACGCAAGAAGACACGCGGCGUAUCUUGGAAAAGGCAACGGAGAAGAUCAACUAUCUUAAGAGGGAAAACAAGACUCUCAAAGCAGGAACAGCUGAUGUGCCCAAGACGAAGAGCACCGCCGCUCCGCCUGAACGGGAGCCUACUGCCAGGGAACACCGCGCUCAAGAGACUGAUCGCUUCACUGCGGAUCACAAGAGCCGCAAAACUUCGGGCGAGACAGGCCGUCGGAGCUUCGACCUGGUAGAAUCGCUCGGCAAAAAGCUCAACGAGCCAAAGUCUCAAAACCUCCGGGACAAAUACCAACGAGACGCGGACUCUCUCAGCUCAGAUGAUGAGCCACCCGCAAGGGAGCCGCCGAGACGCCCUCAGUCGGAGAUCUUUUCGAACCGUGUCAACCUGGACAAGCCUAAGUGGCGACCUUUCAUCCCAAGGUCCCCCCGCAACAGAGAAUACCUAGGUUCUGACCUCAACGACCGAAUCGUCACGUCGAGCGAGGUUCCGACAGGCAGCACGCCGGCACCGCGACACAGGUUCUCCAGCAAGGACAAGGACGCUCCAAUCGAUCUGCUACAGGAUCGAUUUGCCCGGCUAGGGGGACCAGGCGAGCCUGAUAUUGAGGCAAGCACCAUGCUGGCGGCGAACAUGUCAAAGAGCACAUUACCUCCGCAGAGACGAGCAGCAGCCAUUGCGCGAAUAGAACAGAGAAAGGCCGACAAGAGGCGCGCGGCGUCGGGCCAGAGCAACAACAAGGAGAAUAUGCGACCACAGCGCUCAUGA